UAAACAGACAAAAGAGGCUUGAGAAACUGGGCUUCGAUUCUUAUACGCCAGAUCUGGGUCCCAUCAGAAUCCCGGUCAGUUCAGCAGUGAUGGAGAAACAACGGGAGUUGAAUGGUCGGAGCAAAGUUCCGGAUGUGGUCCAGAAAUCUGCGGUCCAGUCCGACCAAAGAGAUGUCGAGCCUGGCAGUAAAGAACCAAAAGCUCCUGAGAAGGGCUGUAGCCAAGACAAGAAGCAACAAGAAGCCCCUCGGAUAAAAGAGGAAGAAGAGGAGGAAGAUGUGAGCAAGUUUCCUUUUGAUAUUGUUGUGGUAAAGAUUGGAGAUUGUGAAGAUGAAGCUCCGCCCUCAAGGCCUCAUGAGAGGGAGGAGGAACCUGCAAACUCUCUGAAAACAGAAGCUGAUGGAGAUGACUGUGGAGGACCAGACACAGUCAGCAGCUUGGAUCCCACUGGGGACUCUGAAGAACCGAAGUCCGACCCUGAACCUGGAAGUGAUGGCUCUGUGGACCAAAAUCCAGAAGCCCCCGUGAAUGAGAAGAGAGAGGAUGACAAGUCCCUGACCUGCACAGGAUGUGGGAAGAGAUGUUUCUCAAAGUCAGGACUGACACAGCACAAAAUCACAUGCAGUGGAGAAGCUUUGUCCUGCUUGUUUUGUGGGAAGUGUUUCACUCAGAAAAGAAACCUUGAGAACCACAUGCGCAUCCACACGGGAGAAAAACCCUUCACCUGCUCAGAGUGCAAUCAGUGUUUCAUCCGAAGAGACCAUCUUAAGACACACAUGAAGAUUCACACAGGAGUGAAACCACACUGCUGCUCAGAGUGUGGGAAGUGCUUCGUUGAGCGAGGAGACUUGAAAAUACACAUGAGAAGUCACACAGGGGAAAAACCAUAUGGCUGCUCUGAAUGUGGAAAGUGCUUCAGUCGGGGAGGAGCUCUGAAAACUCACAUGAGAAUCCACACUGGGGAGAAACCCUUUCCCUGCACUGAGUGUAGUCAGAGUUUUACACGUAGAGACCAUCUAAAUGCUCAUCUGCGAGUUCACACUGGAGAAAAGCCUUUCUGCUGCACACAAUGUGGGCAGUGUUUCAAGCGCAAACAUCACCUGACAGUUCACACUAAAAUCCACACAUCAGUGAAACCCUCCUGAUGCACUGAGCAAGACGGUCCACAGGUUGAAGAGCUUUUAUCUGCGCAAUAGUUAAAGAUGCCAUUUUUAAGUGAACUGUUUUAUCAAGGAGAUCUCUCCAGUAUAUUGUCUGACCCCUAAGAGUUUUUAAUCAGAUAAAGAUUUCCAGUGUCGUAGACACAAACAGGAAUGAGAUCACGUGAGGACAAUAGAGGAGCACAUCUGAUUAGCUUAUUUUCAUACUGUUGUUUUGGCCAGUUUUAUCAUGACAAACUUCUGGUCAGAGAAUAUUUUCUUUAUUUUUUCCUUGAAAUCUUGAGAAUGAUGGCUGAAAGUUGGUUGUGUUUUGAAGGGAAAACGUUGAGGUCUCUCAUGUAACAUUGUCAAUGACUGUUGUCACCGAGUUGCAGUGAACAUCUGGGGAAACCAGCAGGAUGCUCUCGUUGAUCCAAAAUAUAAAUGAAUAUUAAACAUAUGAUAUUAUAUUAUGAUAAUUGUUACUUUCAGCUGUGUGGAUAGUCUAGUGUGUUACAUCAUGAGGACAUUCAGAAUUGCACUCUGUGGAUCACGUGACUGAGUCCUGGUUAACAGUGCAGUUGUUUCCAGGAGUCUAGAUGUUGAGAGGAGCAGAAAGCAAUGCGCACUGGUGAAGGAUCCAAAGACAGACCUGUAUAUUUUCACGAGUCGAAGUGAAAGCAUCAACUAUAGACUGAGUUUUUCUUGUUCCUCGUCAGCCUCCGACUUGGGCUCAUCUGGAUUCAGUUAAAAUCCAAACUUUAUGGACAGAAUGAGAGUUUAGAGUCCAGAUCUGAGCGGCAACAAGUGCAUUCUUCCAGUGGACCAUUUAUUCCUUUAAUAUUCUGCCAUUGUC